AAUCGCACCCUCGUACCUGUUCUCGACAUAACUUCCCAUCUCCACCAACACUUUCUCUCUCUUAGGGUUUUCAAACAUUCACCACCGGAAAAUGGCGACGGAAGCUACUAACGGUGCAGCGGCCGCCGAGAUCAACGGAGCGCCCGCGGAGAAGGCAGUCACGUUCUCGUCCUUGAAACCGCAGUUGUUCGUGGAGUCGUCAAAGGCCACCGAUGCCGUUGCGUUCUACAAAGCUGCGUUUGGAGCCGAGGAGGUGAAUCGCGUGAGUCAUCCCAAGCGGAAGGCUGAUCAGGAGCUUCCGAUACUUCUAUCCGCUGAGAUCAAGCUUGGUAACUCUAGUAUUCUCAUUUCUGACCUCACUGACGAUUGUACAGCCCCCGUUAAAUCAGUGGGUACGGGUCUGGUGUUCUGCCUGGAGACUGAAGACAUUGAAGGUGCUGUGGACAAGGCAAUAAAGGCUGGUGCGGUUGCCGAGGGUGAGAUUAGCGAGGGUGAAGGCGCGUGCUGUGGUGGGCGCGUGGGUAAGGUGAAGGACCCAUAUGGCAUUGUCUGGCUCAUCUGCACUCCUGCUAAAAAGUGUGUUAACGUGGAAGCAUAGACGACGUCGGAUUCACAGCGUUUCUAAUUUGCUGUUUGUCUUUAUGAUCUUUCCUUUAAUUAAUUAGUAAGCUUUUUUAUUCGGUGAACACUGCAUGUUUACAAUCACUAGUUGCAGUAAAUGGAUAGGAUUAUGAGCGGUGUCGAUUGGUAUUUUGAUAUCUGAACAAUGGAUUAUGGCACUUUUUAACCAACAGAUGACACAAUCUUAUCUCAA